GUUCUUGUGAUGUGACGUCACGGCGCUCAUUGGGUGCCAUCAAUUCUUUCCCAGCUGUACGGGAUAAAACUGACAUUCCGUGGAGGAAACAGCAUGAGCAGGGUUUUUACUGAAAUAAUAUUGUAGGAAUUGUUUAUAAUUUGUCUUGUGUGUUUUCGCUGUACUACGGAUGACAUAUUGACAGCCUGGAUUGCGUUUAUUUAUUAUGAUGAUCCAGUAGUUGCGGUUUAGGAGUUUGAGAGGUUGAAGAGCGCUUUCAGAGGAACAGUGCUCCAUUAAAGAGCAGGUCAUUACGUGUGUGUGUGUGUGGGAGAAGAACCAAGCGAGCCGCCAUGAUCACGUCCACUCCUGAGACUUCAGGCGGCCGCCCAACGCGCUCCGGAAGACGCAGCGCCUCCGCCGCCGCCGGUUCUGCCGUGGCCGCCGGAGGCUCUCCGUCCUCGGUGAGUCCCACCCGCCUGAGCCGCCUGCAGGAGAAGGAGGACCUGCGGCAGCUCAACGACCGCCUCGCCAACUACAUCGAGCGCGUGCGCCAGCUCGAGAACGAGAAAUCGUCCAUGCGGCUCCUCCUGGAGGAAAAGGAGGAGACCACGACCAGGGAGCUGAAGAAUGUACGUCUGUUGUAUGAGACUGAGCUGGCCGACGCCAGGAAAACCCUGGAUAACACCGCGAAUGAGCGAGCCAGGCUCCAGAUAGAGUACAGCCAACUGUGUGAAGAUCAUCGCAAGCUUGUGACCAGAAAUAACAAGAAAGAGGCUGAGUUGAGCAAUGCAGUGGAGCGCUGGCGAAAUCUUGAAGCUGCGCUGAACUCCAAAGAGGCCGAUUAUGCUAAUUUACUAGCAGCUAAUCGCCGACUGGAAAAGGAUGUUUCAGAACUCACAACACAAGUGGAAAAUCUGGAUGCAGCCUUGCAGAAUGCCAAAGCUCAGGUUAAUUCCGAAAUGCUUCGUCGAGUCGACACGGAGAACCAGAUGCAGACCCUUCAUGAGCAGAUGGAGUUCCAGAAGCAGCUCAACGAACAGGAAGUGCGGGAGAUGCGAACUCGGUACGAGAGUCGUCUGGUGGAGGUGGACUCAGGAAGGCAGAAGGAGUUUGAGAGCAAGUUGGCAGAUGCCAUGCAGCAACUACGGCAAGAGCACGAAUCCCAGAUCCAGCAGUAUAAAGACGAUCUGGAGCGUACCUUUAAUGCUAAGUUGGAAAAUGCCAAGCAGGUGGCUUUGAAGAACAGUGAUUAUGCCACAUCCACCAGAGAAGAGCUGGAAGGAACCAGAAUAAAAGUGGAGUCCCAGUCUAAGCAGAUUAGCAGCCUACAGAAACAGAACCGUGAGCUGGAGGCCCGAGUGCAGGACCUGGAGCGAGCUCUGGACCGCGAGAGGCAGCUCAGCCAACAGCGGCUCUCCCAAAAGGAACAAGAGAUGGCGGACAUGAGACAGCAAAUGCAGGCACAGCUAGAAGAGUACCAGAGUCUGCUAGACAUCAAACUCAUGCUGGACAUGGAGAUCAAUGCCUACCGCAAGAUGCUGGAGGGAGAGGAGAAACGACUCAAUCUUUCCCCGAGUCCCUCUCAGCAUGCUCCUGUCUCCCGUACACAUGUUCAUGCCACACGCAAAGGCUGGGGGAAGAAACGGAAACACGAGGGUGGGACGGGUCUUUCUCCGAGCUACAAAGUGUCCCAGCAUGCGUCUGCUCGUGGCUGUUUGUCCAUCGACGAGAUAGAUCUUAAUGGAAACUUCAUAAGGCUCAAGAACAACUCUGAUUUGGAUCAACCAAUAGGAGGCUGGAUAGUGAGAAGAAGUCAACCAGGAGGUCCUGACAUCAUCUUUAAGAUCCCUGCAUCCUACAUUCUGGGUCCUGGACAAACACUGACGAUCUGGUCUGCAGGAGCUCGAGUUGAGCAGAAACCCCCAACCGAUCUGGUCCUGAGGAGUCCAAAGACAUGGGGAGCAGUGAGCGAUGUCCGGGUGUCUCUUCUCAAUCUGUACAGUGAAGAAACGGCAGAGCGCUGCGUGGUGCGCAUGCAGGGUCAUACAGAAGGAGAUUCCGAAGAGGAUCUGGACGAAGAGAGCAGUGGCGGGUCAGAGAUUCAUCUCCGUCGCCAGGUGAAAAGAAAGAAAAAGAAAUGCUGUGCUCUUUCCUGACCUGUCCCAGCACACUAGGGUUUUACACCAAAUCAGGAGGCCAGCUGUGCAGUGAUGUAACUGCCAUCAUCCCCUGACGUAUACGCUGGAGAGAGAUGUAGACACUCCACAUCUUUUUACACAAAUAGUUUCAUACAUUUAACCACCAUGUGUUGAAAAGUUUCUUGCAGCAAAAUGUUUCUUAUCCCAGGGCCCAAAACCAGAAAAGGGCCAUAAAGCCCUCGUCUCAUGCACAUGAACACGUUUAAUGAGGUAUAUUUGGGGGCAAAGACUAAAUUAAGACCAGCAUAUUGGGUUACAAGUUUUCCUUCCCUGGUCUUUUCAAUGUCUGUUCUUCGCUAUUUAUUGCGCCCUGGCAUGCCAUAUUGCCAUAUUUGUUUUGCACUUGCUGUACUUGCACAUAAUAUUUUAUUUAUGUUAAGCUGAUGAAUGGUUUGUAGCCAGAUGUGGUGAAAGUUUCCUGAGGAUUAACAUGGUAGACAGCUGUUAAACAUGUAGCAAUACUGAAUUAUGUUUUGAGGAAAAGAAUUUCCCCUAAUUUUCCUGUUAUUUAACAUAUUACUGUGAAACUUUCUUUCCUCACAUAAAUAACGGUUAUUAAUUUAUAUAAACACUCAUCAUUUAAUUACUGGCCCUAUGAAACCUUGAUUAUUACAAGGUGACCAAAUUAACUUUUUUUAAUUUAUGUUUUCCUGACAUUUGAAGUGGAACACGUCAAAACACCCAGAGACCUCAAGAUGAACUGAUUUAAUAUCAUUGUUGUUUAUUUAAGUUUAUUUCCCUGAAGUAUAGACUUUUUAUAUAUAUACAUUUAAUAAAGAAUAUGCUGUAA